UUUUAUAAGGCGGGACGCCAUAUUCUGCAGCCCCCCAAAAUUGGGAUCAUCUGUUAGUCUUGACAAAGAGGCUGAACGUGACACUAAGGUGUGUUUAUUAUGUCAAAAGCAUGAAUGAUUGUUUACGCCGAAUUGCAGGUUUGAAUAGCCCGGCCUCCCCAGCUCUAAAAAAACACGGACACUUCCUACAACAACCAUGCCCUGCAAAAUAGCACGGACAUAGGUUGUCCUAUUGAUGUUGACUCACUCUGCUUUGAGCUGCACCGAGGAGCAGUGUCAAGCAGGCUAUUAUGCCCAAAAAUGCCCUGCAAACACCAAUACUCAAACCCACAACUGCGUCAAAUGUCCUGUGGGUUCAUUCACUGAAGUAAUCAACUCUGUAGAGGAGUGUAACCGAUGUAGUGUAUGUAAAGAAAAUCAAGUGCAAACGCAGGCCUGUGUUUCCAACAAUGAUACAAAGUGUGUUUGCCAAGACGGAUACUACCAGGAGAACCCUGAGUCUUUGUGUAAACUAUGUGUUAAUGACUGUAAGGAUUCUAAAGACUGUGUGGCCAGAUGCCCCACUACUACCACCACCACCUUCACAACCCAAAAAGAAAACUCAAGCUUUACCAUAUCACCAAACCCAUACAAAAGCCAAAUCUCUGAAGAUCUCAGUUUCUCCAAGAUGAUUCCCCUGAUCAUUCUGUUGACUCUGGUUGUCACUGGCAUCCUGAUUUUUAUUGGGAUCUACCUCACUACUUCAAGAAAAUCUUGUUUGAGAAGGGAGAAGGACUUGGAGUUAUCUGCAAAGGGCCUCCAACACAACGCAGGAAACCCCGAGAUAACAUCCAUGUCUGUCUUUCAAGCAGAUCAGCCUUGUCCUGUAAUAACUUCAACCACUCAGUCCAGGACAGAACAUCUAAUCCAUGUGACACCUUUGCUGCAUAAUCCACAAGUAGGAAUCCCCAGGCAAGAGUCCCAACCCGACCGCAUCCCCCCCACCAUUCUCUACGCCAUCAUAAAGGAGGUGCCGUUGCGCCGCUGGAAGGAGUUCCUCCGCCUGCUGGCGGUGCCCGAGCGCCAGAUGGAGCGGGUGGAGCUGGAGGCCGGCAUGGUCACCGGCUCCCUGGAGAGGCAGUACUUGAUGCUGCGGCUGUGGAGCCAACGACCGGCCGCCACUCUGGACCACGUCUACUCGGCCCUGCAGUACAUGGAGCUGGCCGGGUGCGUCCACCAGCUGCAGAGCAGCCUGGACCAGAUGCAGUGGUGCACCGGGGCUGGCCGGCUAGUCACCCAGCCUGUGACGUCACCGCAGCCUCACAGGAUUAUGGAGACGUGGGUGACACCAAACUGUGAUGGUGGCAGUUUUAGGGCGUCCAUGUUUGGUACAGUGUCAUAGGACCUCAGACACACUGCCGUUGGUAAUAAACGGUUCUGUGUCUACAUAA